AUGCCCGCUGCAGUCAAGAGACCCCGCCCACUCACUAGCGACUCGGAGGCAUCGGGCCACGAACAACGCCUAGCUCCACCCAUCGAUUUGAAGCCCUCUCUCCGUCCCAGCCUUAGGGAGUACCGCGACCAUGUAUCCGAGACCGACGCGACCGAGACUGAGACCGAGGACGCAGAGGUCGAACUCGGCGGCAUGCUCACAUCCAUCGAGCAGCUCACCGACGACGCCGACGUCGACGCCUCCCUCGCUUCCCUUCCUCAGAGCCCACUAGCGGCGUACGGGAAGGGGAAGGGAAAGGGCGUCGACCCAGCCGAGCGCUGCCUAGCUCGCCCGAACAAACGGAGCGGCAGCCUGUAUCCGGCCAAGCGAGCUCCCACUACUCGCCGACGCGUCUCUCCCGGUUGCACUCUGCAGCCUCUGAGACCCACCCGUCGCAUCGUGUCUCCCACCGAAUCUAUCUACAACAUCACCAAGUGCAUCGACAGCCUAGCCACGAGCCCUAGCUCGCUGGAGGAUGAAAAGCGCGUAUAUUCCUCUUUGUUACUGAGUCCCAGCGACGCCAACAGCCGUAGUACAUCCUCCACCGAGUCGUUAUCGCCUGUACCUGGGUCGCCGUCGCCUGCACCAGACUCCGAGCCCAGCGAAGAUGAGGCCGAGCGUGACUGGCUCGAGUCACCGCUCGCCUACAAGCUCCGUCAGUCCGUGCACCGUCGUCGUGGGAAGCUGGCCAAGCGCCGUGCAGCUGCCGCGAUCACCGACGACCGUCUGGCGAAGAAGGGCAAGAAGUGGCAUGAGCUUGAGACCCCGAAGCAGCGGGCAGCGCCGCUCACUGUAGAAUCGCUCGAAAGUCUAGCGCGGCAGAUGGGCUAUAAAGUAGUCCCGGCCAGUCCAAAGGCGACUAGUGACAUCCCAGAGGAGCCUGAAUACGUCUUCAAGAUCCCAGGCCCUGUGAAAGAGGUCGACACCGGCACCACCCUCGGCAGUUCAAGCAAUCGUCCUCUAUCUAGUCCGAAACAGGUAGACACACUACUCGCUAGCGCCGUUGCCAGCUCUUCGAAAACGCCCUCGCCCAAGAACAAGCGUGCGAGGCGCACCACCAACGAAUCGACCUCCGAGUCCGAGAAGCCUGUCUCUAAGCAAGCCAAGCCCGCCCCAACUAAGGCCUUUGCGCUUCGCCCGCCCAAGCCUUCCAAGCGUCGUGAGAACAAGCGCUCCACCGUCCGAGUUGUGCGGGACCGCUACGCCGGCACCGUCCCGAAGAGCAAGCACACUGUGGCUUCGAAGGCGCCAGUCCAUCAAGUCGGUGCUAGUGAAGCUCCUGUUCAAGCCACGAAGGCGCCACCUGUCUCACCUGGCCGUGCACGUUUCCUCCGCCGUAGGAUUAGGAGGUCCCACCGGCCCGUGGCGCUGCACCGUCCCUCGGAGCGCAAGACGCUGAGCGGCUUCCACAAGGUCGCUGCCUCUCCUGAUGUCGCUCCGAUGGCAGGGCAUGAGUUCGUGCAUGUUCUGCAAGUGACUGUUGUGAACCGCCGAGUGCGCAACGGUAUGCUCGCGCGACACCGCACGCGAACGGAGCAGGAGCACACCAAGCGCGUUGCUCCUCCGAGCCGCCGUCUGUCAGGCUCUCCCUCAGACGAGGACGAUGAGGUGGACAUGCUUCUAGAGUCCGACGUCGAGAUGCUCGACAACGAGGAGAUCGAGGUUGCUCUGGCGCAGGCGCCGAGCAAGCUCAACGCUUCUCGCAAGCGCCCUCCUCGAGGCGGCGAUCUCGCCGCUGAACGUCGCGGCCGACGCGCAACCCUCCGCCAAGACGAAGUCGCCGUGCAGGCUGAGCGUCUGAAGGCGUUCUUCGCCGACCGCGCGGCUGAGCGCGAAGCCGCCCGUGAGCGACGAGACGCAACGAAGCGUUCCGCGAUCGAGUGGCUCAUCGCCGAACGUGAGCGGGAGCGGGAGGCCGCCGAAGCUGCCGAGGCGGCCCGCGUCGAGGCCGAAACGGCAGCUGAGGCCGAGGCGGAACGUCAAGCCGCUGCAGAGAUGCAGGCUGAGGCUGAGCGUCGCGCACAAGAGGAGCGCGAGGCUGCCGCAGCCGAGGCAUACGAGCAGGAACGCCUGCAGCUGCAGGCUCGCAUUCGCGCGCGCACCGCCCGCCUGAACCUAGCCCUGCACCGUGAGCGCGUGCCGACUGCUGGCUUCGUGGCGCCGGGCCGCAUGCGUGCCGCCACCACCCCGAUCAGGACCUUCCACGAGGACGUCGCCGAGUCCUCAGCCGCCGCCGAAGCCCGCGUCGAGCAUGAGAUUGACACCCUGGCCGAAGUCACUGAAGCAAGUGACACUGAAGGCUCGGAGGACGAGAACGACACCCCGUCCACCCCUCGCGCUCCGCGCACGCCCUCGCCCGGUCCCCGACAGGAGAUCCCCAUGGACUCGCCGCCGACGUACGAGUUCCCCUUCUUCCCCAUUGUCCGCCCUGCGUCACGCGCGGCCCGUCCGCGAGUUCUCUCUCGCCAGCGCCGCGCUUCGGACCCGCCCUCCUACGUCGAGUUCCGCGAACGCACUGACCGCUCGCCCUCCCCGCCCCCGCCCUACAACGCGCAAAGCGACCGCACGACGCUCAUCUCGCCCGUCUUCCGCUCCGACAGCGAGAGCGAGAGCGAGGACACACCCACGCCAACUCCUCGCGCGCGCGUGCUGGACAGUGUCGAGCGGCGCAUGUCGCCCGUCACGCCUACGCCUGCGCCUCGCCAGGCUGGCGCCCGACUCGGCCUCGGCCGCCCCACGGGACGCCCGGUCCACACCCUUCCCCGCCGCACUCUCCCAGGCUACCUCAGCAUGGGGGAUAGUGACGAAAACAUCGGGGCACGUGCCUCCUCCGCCUCCUCGGAGUCGGAGUACGUACCCGGCUCCGACUCUGAGACCGAGGAACAGGAGCCGGCGCCGAUCGUGCGCACCAUUGGCCGCUGGUUCGGUUUCUGGUAA